CGAGAUGUUACCGGUGGAUUUCAUUUUUCUUUCACCUUCGCUAGAACGCGAGCGCGCACGUUUAAAAGGCGUACGGCUUGCCGUCAAUGGUCAGUGUUGAGCCGUCGUUGAAUUGAGGAACAUCUUCUGAAAGACGUUGUUGUUCCCCUAAUCAGUCAACACAUUUCACCACAAAGCUAUUCAUUCAAAAGACCUCGCCAUGAAGGCAGUAGCAAUUCUACCAUUUUUGGUUGCGACGGUCUUGGCUGCUCCGCAGUAUGGACCUGCACCACAAGUCGCCGAGCAAACAGCUCCAGUCACAGCUGAUCAAUGGGCUUCACUAAACCCUUACGGAAGCAAUUCCAAUGCUUACCCUGCCGAAGAGAGGCCUCAAAUUGAAGAAAUCCAGAGGCAGUGGGCCAAAUUCCUUGAGUACUUGCCAUGGCUCAAGGGACCUGCUGGCCCACCUGGUCCUCCUGGUGCUCCUGGGACUGCUGGUUCUGCUGGAGCUUCUUCCGGUGGUUAUGGUGGUAGCUACAGCCAACCCCAACAAACUACGGUAGUUGGACCACCAGGACCACCUGGCGCCCCUGGACCUGCUGGACCGAAGGGAGAAACAGGAAAUGCUGGAAAUCCAGGAACACCUGGAGGACCCGGACCUGUUGGCCCUGCCGGACUUAAUGGUGGACCUGGUGGACCUGGACCAGCAGGCGAACGUGGCUCUAAUGGAGCUCCCGGCGCUCCUGGAGGUCCAGGAGGACCAGGAGCUAAGGGAGAAGCCGGCCUUAACGGAGCACCUGGUCGAAAUGGAGCUCCUGGAACACCUGGUAAAGAUGGCUUUAACGGACUACCUGGAUUCGCAGGACCCAAGGGCGAAGCUGGCUCACCCGGAGUAACUUUGCCCUCAAAUCAACCUGGACCUGCCGGUGCUCCUGGCGCUCCUGGCAAAGAUGGAGCUCCAGGUUUUCCUGGCGGUCCCGGACCUGUCGGUCCUGUUGGUCCAGCUGGCCCAGUCGGGCCAGCUGGCAGACCUGGUACAAAUGGUUUCCCGGGAGGACCUGGCCCUAAAGGAGAAGCUGGAACUCCAGGUAGCCCCGGUGGUCCUGGCAGAGAUGGCCAACCUGGUGCCCCAAGUAGACAACCUGGACCAGUUGGACCUGCCGGACCCGCUGGACAACCCGGUGCCCCCGGAGGCCCUGGCAAGGACGGAUUCCCAGGUGGACCAGGAGCCCCAGGUAAAGAUGGACUUCCAGGCGGACCAGGUUUCCCAGGCGGUCCCGGACAACCAGGCAAUCCAGGCAAAGAUGGUCUUAACGGAGGCCCCGGCGCUCCUGGCUUCCCAGGCGGACCCGGACCAGUUGGACCUCAGGGAAAACCCGGUGCUCCAGGUUUCAAUGGCGGACCUGGACCAGCUGGACCCGUUGGACCGAUCGGUGGCCCCGGACCUCAAGGUAAACCAGGUACAGCUGGUUUACCCGGUGGACCAGGACCUCAAGGACCACAAGGAGGCCCCGGACCACAAGGGGGUCCAGGUAGUCCAGGUCAAAAUGGAGCACCAGGUGGCCCUGGACAACCUGGCCCUGUUGGUCAACCCGGUGCAGCUGGCAGUGUAGUCACAGUCCCAGCCCCAGCUGAACAGCCUUCUUACCCAGCGCCAGUUGAACAACCCUCAUACCCAGCUCCAGCUCAGCAACCGUCUUGGCCCGCACCAGCUCCAGCUCAGUCGUCGUGGUCUGCUCCAGCUCCAGCUCAGUCGACAUGGUCGGCCCCAGCUCCAGCUCAAUCUUCAUGGUCAGCUCCUGCUCAGCCCGCAUUCCAGCCGUUGCAAUCCGCCUACGGACGAUAAAUUCACGAAGAUCGCAACUAUCGGCUGAACGUCAGCGUUUGUACAUUCAAACGAAUAUCUCUUGACAGAAAGAAAACUAUACGCUACAUUUCACAUUCCUCACCUUCGCAAAAUGAUGAUCACUUCAUAUGACUAAAGUUGAUUGAUGUAAACUAGCAAAUGUGAAGUGCGUUUUAAUAUACAAAUAUGUACACUAAA